CUGCGCCCCGGCCCCGCUGUGCCAGCAUGUCUUCGACGGAGGGCUCGAGUCACGCGGCGGACAAGUCGCCGCGCCCGCAGGUGGACCGCCUGCUGGUGGGGUUGCGCUGGCGGCGGCUGGAGGAGCCGCUGGGCUUCAUCAAAGUUCUCCAGUGGCUCUUUGCUAUUUUCGCCUUCGGGUCCUGCGGCUCCUACAGUGGAGAGACAGGGGCAACAGUUCGCUGCAACAACGAAGCCAAGGAUGUGAGCUCCAUCAUUGUUUUGUUCGGCUAUCCCUUCAGGUUGAACCGGGUCCAGUAUGAGAUGCCUCUUUGCGAUGAGGACUCCACCUCCAAGACCAUGCACCUGAUGGGGGAUUUCUCUGCUCCUGCCGAAUUCUUUGUGACCCUGGGCAUCUUCUCCUUCUUCUACACCAUGGCUGCGCUGGUCCUUUACCUGCGCUUCCACAACCUCUACACAGAGAACAAGCGCUUCCCGCUGGUGGACUUCUGUGUGACUGUCUCCUUCACCUUCUUCUGGCUGGUAGCUGCAGCCGCCUGGGGCAAGGGCUUGACGGACAUCAAGGGGGCCACACGGCCAUCCAGCCUGACGGCAGCCAUGUCAGUGUGCCAUGGAGAGGAAGCGGUGUGCAGUGCUGGGGCCACGCCCUCUAUGGGACUGGCCAACAUCUCUGUGCUCUUCGGCUUUAUCAACUUCUUCCUGUGGGCCGGGAACUGUUGGUUUGUGUUCAAGGAGACUCCGUGGCAUGGGCAGGGCCAGGACCAGGGCCAGGGCCCCAGCCUGGAGAGCGCUGCUGAGCAGGGAGCAGUGGAGAAGCAGUAAGCAGCCCCCACCUGGCUCCUCCUGAACAGGACAGCACCUCUUCAACCACCUCCAGCUUCCAGGACCUCCCUCUUCUUCCUUCUCCAACUCCCCUCCCCUGUCAUUCUGGGCUUUGAGCUUUGAGAUGUCGUCGCUGAUGGAUGGGCAGGCAUCAGCUGUCAGAAACCCGGGCAGCCCUCCCAGUGGCUUCCUAGCCCUCCUCUGGCUGGAGCCUCAGAUGGCAGGAGCUCACGGCUUCUUGUCUACUGCCUGGACCCCCAGCAUCUUACUUGGGGUCUUACUUAUACCCUUAUAGCCUCUGAGAAGGAGCCUCUACUGCAGGGGGCAGGAGACCAGAGUCCUGAGACUCGUUCCUAGCAGCCACUUCUAUCAACGUGUCGGCUUCAAUAAAAGUGGGGGGAGGGGAAAUUGGCUGGCAGCCUUCUUCCUGGUCCCUUGCAUGAAGAGCCCACCAGCAGUUCAGUGACCCCUCUUCAAUAGCUGUCAUCUAAGCCUGUGUCUGCCCCCAUCUCCAGUCAGCCCGCGCUCUCCCACUUUUCCCUCUGGCCUCUGCUCAGCCACACAGCCUACCAUGUGGGAACCCAGGAGGCCAACUAGCCUGGAAAACAGCUCUGUAGAGGGUCCUGAUGUGGCCUGGACUCAGUGGGGAGCAGAUAUAUUGCAACUGGGUUGCAACUUCAAGAUCCUGAAGCCAGGAAACUUGCUGGGGAAGCAUUUCUUCUGUUCCUUCAGUCCUCCCACCUCCCUAGGCUGGGGCACUUUCUACCAACGCUACACUCGUACUUGCCCUAGAAACUCCCGACCUUCCUCCCUGCCCUCCUUCUUGGGCUUAGUCUCACGUACGGGACACAAGAUGAGUGGUCUAGGAGCAUCUCCAUUUCAGCCCUCCCCACCUCCAACCUCUCUGUCCAUCUCCCUUCCCCAGCCUCUUGGGUUUGAGACAUUCAGAUCCUUUUCCAUGUCUGUCCAGGCCUUCCUUUCAUUCCUGUGGGUCCAGAUAGGGACUUUGGAAGGGCCCAAAGGACCAUCAUGAGGCUAAGUUGCCCCAGAGCCCCAGGACAUGGAUGGAUGGGCCCAUUUCUUCCUCGUUUUCCCCCAACCCACAACUCCUUCUCUGGCCUCUGUUUCAUACUUCCGUGCCUCACCUUUACAAAAGGACAUGCCCUCUCGGUUUGCCCUCUGUUCCUCCCCUGCUUCCUCAUUUCUCCCAGGCUCUAUCCCUCCCCACCCGAACCCCAGUCCAGGGCAGGCCAAUGCUAUUGGUGCUUCUUCACUUUGGGACCCAGUUCCAUAUUUGUCUUUGAUAUGUCUCCUCUUUCUGACACCUCCUUCAGUCCCUCUCUGGACCCCAGGGCCUAAGAGUCAGUGCUGACUGGAAAAGGGCCAUUCAUCUCCUACCCAGCUCAAAGCACUUUAGUCUGACCUUGGCCAUAGGGCUGCUCAGAGAAGGAUGGAGAAGGAAGAAUCCAGCCAUUUUCCAAUCCAGUGCCAAUUAGCCCACUUAUCAUCCCAAAGGUGAAUGUGCCCUGUGCCAAUUUCUCCUCCGGACUGAGACAACCCCUCCAACCUUCUCACCUCCCUAAACACCAUCCAUAGUAAUGUGCACAUUACCGGAGUACCCAGAAGACAGGAUCUUUGACUUUGGGCCAAUCAUUUCUUCUUUGGGUCAGAGUCUCCCCACUUGACAGGGGGAGUGUGAGAUUUACCUCCUCAAAUGCUCCAGAACCCUUCAGUGAAAGAAUUAGGUUUUUUGUUUUGUUUUGUUUUUGGAUUUUGGGGAAGGGAUUUGAGGAGGGAAGAGAGGAGAUGGGGAUGAGAGUGUUUCUAAGUCUGAACCUCUCUCUGUCCUGAACUGUCCCCAUGGUUACUCAAGCAAGAGGGGGAACAGUUUUGCCUAUAGCUCCAGAGACACAGAGAACAAAGAGGUGACCAUUUUUCUUUAAGCUGGCCCCUGUGAGGGGCUGUGAGCAGCUUCUACUGGAACUUUGUUUGGAUUCUGUGUAUGUAUUUAUAAUUUAUUUGAAAUGUGAUGGAUAAAGUGUUCUCAUUUGGGGGCUGAAGUUAGCAACUGGCCCUUGAGCUAGGGGAAGGGGGGUGGGGUGGGGUGGGUAUGCACUCCUGCCAAGGACUCCUAGCCCAGAACUCUCCCUAGAGCAGAGAAGGCUCUUUCUCCUCCUCAAGAGGCUGGCUUGUUCUCAUCGAGAAGGGCCUUGAUUUUGGCUAUGGCCUUGCUUUCCAUGACCACCCUAAGAGGAAAGGCUACUUCACCUCAUUACCUCCAGAGGGCUGGGCUAGGCCAAGUGCUGAGGGCAGAACUGUCCUCAUAGGCCUCAUGUCCCCUCCAAUCAGGGCUGGCACCACUGCUUUGCCUAGUGGGGACUAGGGUAGGAGACUGUGUGUGGUUUCUCCAGAUUACAGGAGGCCAACAGGUAGGAUGCUUGCCCUCUGCCCUACUAAACUCUGACACUGCCAGAGUGCCCACUGAGGACCUUUUCGGAAUUUUGAGUUCUCUCCACUAUCAUGAUCAUAGGUCUCUUCCUUCUGGGAUUGAAGAUCGGGAUGGGGGGUGGGGGGAGAAUGUUGCAUGUUGUUUUCCGAUGCUUGUUAUUACACAUUUGAAUAAACAGUGCUUCAAAGCAUUUGCCAUGAAGGAGCUAA